UUGUUAGAAAUUUUCUAGUUAUUCUUUAUUAACCUGAGACAAUGGGAAAGGAAAAGACUCACAUCAAUAUUGUCGUUAUCGGUCACGUAGAUUCUGGCAAGUCUACCACCACCGGCCACUUGAUUUAUAAGUGCGGUGGUAUUGACAAGCGUACCAUCGAGAAGUUUGAGAAGGAAGCUCAAGAGAUGGGAAAGGGCUCCUUCAAGUAUGCCUGGGUCUUGGAUAAACUGAAAGCUGAGCGUGAACGUGGUAUUACAAUUGACAUUGCACUUUGGAAAUUUGAAACAUCAAAAUUCUAUGUGACUAUCAUUGAUGCUCCGGGGCAUCGAGAUUUCAUCAAGAACAUGAUUACUGGCACUUCACAGGCAGACUGUGCUGUGUUGAUUGUUGCUGGUGGGGUAGGUGAAUUCGAAGCUGGAAUAUCCAAAAAUGGGCAAACUCGAGAGCAUGCAUUGCUGGCUUAUACUUUGGGUGUCAAGCAACUGAUUGUCGGUGUCAACAAAAUGGACUCAACCGAACCACCUUACAGCGAGAACCGCUACGAAGAAAUCAAGAAAGAAGUAAGCAGCUACAUCAAGAAGAUUGGUUAUAACCCAGUUGCUGUUCCUUUCGUCCCUAUUUCUGGAUGGCACGGAGAUAACAUGCUUGAGGCUUCCACUAACCUUCCUUGGUAUAAGGGGUGGGCAAUCGAACGUAAAGAAGGAAAAGCCGACGGUAACAAUGUUUUCUUUAUUUUAUUUCUUUGGUUUACAAUUUCAAACUUUUUAGGCAAAACUUUGCUUGAGGCUUUGGACGCCAUUCUACCACCUUCUCGCCCUACGGACAAGGCGCUCCGUCUCCCUCUUCAAGACGUUUACAAAAUCGGUGGUAUUGGUACAGUGCCUGUUGGGCGUGUUGAAACCGGUGUUAUCAAACCUGGUAUGGUCGUGACUUUCGCUCCAUGUCAGUUGACGACUGAAGUCAAAUCUGUCGAAAUGCACCAUGAAGCACUUGAGGAAGCUGUACCUGGUGAUAACGUUGGUUUCAACGUUAAGAACGUGUCCGUCAAAGAGUUGCGCCGUGGCUAUGUCGCUGGCGACUCCAAGAACAACCCACCAAAGGGUGCAGCAGAUUUCUUCGCUCAGGUCAUUGUGUUAAAUCAUCCCGGGCAGAUCGGCAAUGGGUACACUCCUGUGUUAGAUUGCCAUACUGCUCACAUCGCUUGUAAAUUUGCUGAAAUUAAGGAAAAAUGCGAUCGACGUACCGGCAAAACUACUGAAGAAAAUCCGAAAUUUAUUAAAUCCGGCGAUGCCGCAAUGAUUACUUUGGUUCCCAGCAAACCCCUGUGUGUUGAAUCUUUCUCUGAUUUCCCUCCCCUCGGCCGUUUUGCCGUUCGUGAUAUGAGGCAAACUGUGGCUGUCGGUGUCAUCAAGUCUGUCAAUUUCAAGGAUUUGGGAGCUGGCGGUAAAGUAACGAAAGCUGCAGAAAAGGCUGGAAAAAAGAAAUGAAAAUUGAAUUCGGUUAUUUGAACGACAUGCGGUUCUUUGUUGAACCCGAAAAAUAGCAACUCAUUUAAUUUCCAUCGUCAAGCUGUUGAAUGUACUGCAGAAAAAGUAAGCAAGGCGAGUUUGUUCGAUUUUACCAAUUGUCUCCACCUUUUUAUGUAGCAUUUAACUUUCUGUCGAUUGGAAAAGUUACCAUUGAAAUGAAAGAAUAAAUGAUGUGCUAUGUUA